AUGUCAACUACUGUUGCUUCAACGCGUAUACCAGGGAUGGAUGUCUUUAGCUUGUCGACAACGGCUUUGAGGGCUUCUGACUGGACGUCAGAUAUCGCCAAUGAUGCUCCUCUACUGGCGAGGUAA